ACAUAGACACAGAUGACAGAUGAACCUGUGAACAGAACAGAUUGUAUAAACAUGGAGAAAGACAGGAUGACAGACAGACAAACACACAGGUACAAUUAAAGGCAAUACACUGCACGGAAAACAGAAAUUAAAAUAGAAAGACAAGCUGCCGUGCUUAGACAGCUGAACUGCAGACAGAGAUCACAGCAGAGUGAGUGAGUGAGAGUGAAAGUCUGGAAACCAAAGAACAAGAAGGAGGAGGCCAUGUCAUGAGAAAGAGUGGGUGAGGGAGAGACUGAAAGACUGAAACACAGUUCAGGCAAUUGGAUGAGGAAGUAGUGAUGGUGAGUACAUGGGUGUGGUUGCUUAGCAGUUAGCCCAUCAGCCUUUCAAAAGUGACAUACAGAGGAAAGCACCGUGGAUAAUGAGGCCGUGGAUGAAUCUCUGGACUCAGGCACCUCACAGGAUGGAUACUAAGAUGUGUUUGACCUUCUUCCUGCUUCUCAUGUUAAAAGUGUCAAGGGCUCAGACUCCCACAACCACGGAUCAAAUGCAGUCUGUAAGCAACAUGGCAAACUCAACGAUGCCCGCUGUUCCAACUCCCACUGGAAGAAGGGAGGGAAGCAGAGUCACCCGAGAUGUUGACUCCUCCCCGGAAACUCUCCCUGCUGAACAAACCACAAGCAAACACAUUAGAACCAGCAACCCGGUCUAUGUCAACAUCACCAAACCAGAAAUUAAGAAUUCAACAGCGCCCAUUAAGGGAACAACAAAACCGCAAACAAAGCGCACCCUCCCUCCAGGAUCUACACCGACAUCCUCCCCAUCUACAAAUACGAGUACCACCACAGUUACAUGGGAUCCACGUUGGGACACAGAUUUCACCUAUGAUUAUGAGUCCCUGCGCUAUGCCGGACUGUCCAUUGCAGCAGUACUUUUUAUUGUGGGCAUCAUGGUUGUUGGCUGUAAGUAUGACUCUGAAAGCCACUUUUGUUAUUGCAAUUGUAGUCAACUGCCCUUUUCACUCUUAAGCUUGUCUCUAACUGUAGGUGGCAGGGUCUGUCGGCUGCCUAGCUGUCGCAAGAAGUCAUCCAAAACAUAUCGAGUGGUCCAAGGAUAAGCAGAGAGAGAGAGCAUGUAUACAUAGUACAGAGUUGCAAGUAACCAAGCAGGAGUUCAAAGGAAAAACACUCAACCAAAACCUAGCAGCAUGUGUGUGAAUCUGGACUGACUGACUGAAUGUAUGCUGCUUGGUAACAGUGUCAUAUACUGUAGAAAAACACUGAGUAAACAUAGAAAACAUGAAUUGUUCUGACAAGUGUAAAAAAAAAAAAAAACUAGAACCAUCAUGUGCUUCAUCUUUGUCAAAUGUAAUUUGUAUUAAAAAAAAAAAGCACUAAAAAAGUAAUGGGAUUAUUUGGAAAAUUAUGAAGGGAUGAUUCAUACAAUAUUUUAAGAACACCUCCGGCCAUGAAGCGGGCUUGUUUCUAAUGACCUUUGUAUCUUAUAACUGAUAACAGCCAUAGGCAGUGUCUCGCAGCCAGGAUUAUUAUUAAAGGUUAUGAAGAAUAACCCAAUAACAUCACGUAUUUGACAAUUUUGCACAACAGUUAUAUUCCGUCUGGAUCUAAAAUUGAAGCUGGCUCACUUUCUCUUUCUGAAAGAUACUGCACGCUUUUUACACUUUCAAUCUCAACAAAAUGUGAUGUUUAGUAAGGGGUGUUUAAGCCUCUUAGUGGCUCUGUGCUUGUAAAUGAGUAAAGCCCCUAGAUUAAACAAGAUCCACUGGCAUUAUCUCUGCAUCCAUAUGGCAUCAAAAUGAUGCAGACAACAAACUGGGAGAAGCCAAGCAAAUUUUUAUAACAGAUUUAACGUCAAAAUCAACAAAGUUCAGCAUACCUACAUAAUAUACAGUAGUAUUCACUGUUCCAAUUUCUAUCAGAACAAAAUCAAGGACUGAGCAGAUAUGCAAACAGAAUCAAAUUUAGAUAUGACUGCAAUUGUUUUAUUGUGAGAUCAAUUGUUAUGCAUUAUAUACCGAUAAAAACAAAAAAAAAUCAACGUGAAUGCCCUUGGCACAAAUAAUAGGCCAGGGUUCAUUUGGAUACACAAGUGCAUAUGGUGCAACAUUAAGUCCAAAUUUAAACUUUCUUUGCUGCAAUAUGACACUAAAAUACAAAUAUUUCACAUAAAAUAGUUUUUGGCAAAUAAUUGACUCCCACCUGCCACAUUGUUUUUUUCACACAAUUUAUAAAUGAACAAUGGAGAGAACACAUAACCCCUUAACACGUACUGUAUAUAAAAAGACAAUUUAGCCAUUUCCAUUAAGAGAUUUAAAGCAAAUUUAUAGGUCAAUAUAUCUGUAAAUAUAUACAACAUAUUAUAUAUUAAGAGCUAGAAUAGUUGUGUAAGGUUGAAUGCCUUCAAUACGGUGGCGCUGAAAGCUCUACACAUUGCAACUUUUGAAAACACAUGCAGCUAGAUAAGAUACAUGCAAAUGUAGAAAACAUCUUGCAUGUGCAUUCAGAAAAAGAACUUGCUGCUGAACAACCAAAUACAGAAACAUGCUGCUAAACUACACAAAUACUAAAUACAGGAUUGCAUGCAUUUACGUUUCUUUUAAAUGCAACUCAUGUGUUGUCACAUUGAUGAAGAUGUUUUAUUAAUUUGCUUGUGUUUAGUCUCAAGUGUGUUUUCUUAAGUUGCAGUACAUUGAGCUCUCAGGGAUACAGUUCUCUAUCCUGCACA